GUAUAUAACCCGAAUAAGGACAUGUUCUUCAAGUUGACUCCGAAAAAAAGGCGCCAGGUCUACUCCUUUCUUUUCGGGCAUCUACCGAGGUCCAGAUUUGACGAGCAGUAUGUGAUGCGAAAGGAAGUCGUCAUUGCAGUCCUCCAGGGCUACCACAGGGUGAGUCGCACCAGCGCAGCGGGCUUCAUGAAGACGUUGGAAUAUGUAUUUUUCGAUGAAGGUGUGGACGAUCCGGCCGACUUCACUUUGGACAACUACAGGCUGGCAUUUGGUGAGGACGAUGACUUCAAUAUCGAGAUUGAGCAGGAGGAGAGUGUUGAGGACGACCUCUUCGAUUUCAACGACCAAUUAGCCAUCUUCAACGCCCAAGUCGUUUCUGAGUCGCCCUCUGUAUGCAAACCGGGAACACCGCUCGCUACACCUACCUCAGACGGUCCCACAACCAUGUCCUCCUCAACGCCUGUCAAGAGGGUUGGGUUGUCCCAUCCGAGGAGUUCGUCGGGGGAGUCACUAAGUCUCACACCGCACCCUGAACGUCUACAACCCCGCCAACCAGUUCCUCCUGACCAUCCACAUCUCUUGAAUCCUGCAAGGCCCUACCACAUGGGCGACAAACACACCUUCUCCAAAGCCGAAGAUUGGGGCCAUGAUAUCGUGUGGCACCCUGACCAUUUCCAGCCAGUCCUUCUCGACGGUGAAUGGGCAGUGGCUGUGAAGGACUUAAGUGGAGGGUGGGAAUAUGACGAUCGUUGGGACCUUGAUACUUUCAAAUCUCAAGCGUACAAAGCGGUAGUGGAGAAAUUAAGCGAGGCCAAUCGACGACGUAAGGGCGACCCUGCUCUCCGGGCAUACGCGAACUUGUUGUUCGAUUUAUUGCAGUCAAAUAAAUGGUUGGAAGUAUCCUCCGUGUUCUACAGCCUUCCGUGGAGCCCGUCAUUGAAUCACGCGGCGGAGAGGGGAAAAAGGGCAAGCCGAGAAAAGAAAAAGCCUCACAGUGGAGAGAAGACAAAGCAUCACAGAGGAGAUGGGCAGGGGUCCGACGUCGACGACGAUGAGGAGGGUGCGGCAUUGGCGGUAACAUGCAACACCUCAAUGGAGACGGGAAAUGACUUUAGGCCUUGGUGGAUUCUGCGGCCUGGCGAGCAGGACUCUAUAAUUGAUGCGAAGGAUGGCACUUGCCCUGCUCAGGUUCAAACCCAAUUUGCGGAUUGUCUCGGAUCAAUCCGAACCACGGAAACGACGUCGUUGUUCAGAACUCUGUGCGUUGGGGGAAGCAAGACGACAACAUACCUCGUGUCCGACUACGACAAGCUGGAACAGUUACCAUUUUCUGUUUCGCCACAUCAGGAAGUUCGGAUUAAUCCGAACCUGGUGGCCAGGACCGUCAAGACAGCACACCGGUCUACGGAACUCGAAUGGAUGGUCUGGGUUUACGAACAACCUGCCAGCGAAAUUCGGAUUGAUCUGAACCAGGAGAACGUGUCUGCAAUGACAGCGGAUCGGUGUAAGGACGCCGAUUCGGAAAUGUUGUGCAUGGAAGCCGCCAAGGAGCUGCAGGCAGACUGUUCGUCUUUCAAAGUUGGUGUUCGAGACAAUGCCAUGGAGUCCCUAGAGGGUGAGUUAGCGCCCAGUUCCAAUGUCGAGUCCCUCACACUCGGAGAGGAAUUCCCAGUUAUGAAAUGCACUUCGUUAACAGUUUUAAAUGACUCUGCGGUGAAAGCGGACACGUCCGCACCAUCAGACUCUAUCGGGGCUCGGAUGAAUCCGAGCCUGGGCGAUGUGAGCAUGUCCGUCGAUGAUGCAGCUUUGGAGACGGCUGUAAUUCGGAUGCAUCCGAAGGAGACAGACGCUGGGCUCGAACUGGACGGCGUCGAGUGUUGUGGACAUGUCACGACUUUUGACAAAGCGGACGGGUCCUUUCCACUGCAUUCCGCCGAGGAUCGGAUUCAUCUGAAGCCCAGCGAUGUGAGCAUGCCCCACGAUACUUCAGGGAAUGAGAUGCGGCCCGCCGGGUUGGACCAACGAGUCAGGCCGGGUUACGAGGACCCCUUGUACUCCGGCCUUCACGACGAGGCUAUAGGAGAGGAUAUUAUGAAGAAGGCCUCUGACGCUGUUAAGGAUGGCUUGCUCUAUUUAAGUGACGACGACAAAGACACAAUGCACCAGGACAAGAAGUUAAGGGGGGAAGAAGUGUUGUUGGACAUCCAUGGGACCUUCAGCUCGACACAAUACGACACUGGGGCUGUGGAGAAAACACAACCUGUCAAUGUUGUGGACCUCGACGCUCUUAGUCCGGAGAAGAGCGGAAUAAAAUUGUCCAUCGUGAACAUGGAGGAUUUGCACCAUUGGAAAGAAUUUAUGCCUUCUCCGAUCAUCGAUGCCGACAUCUCAAACCUGUCAAGUUUCCCGGGUGGUUUGGAGCACGUCAUCGCGGCGUCGAUGCGUAGAGGGUCGCCAAUCGUGCUGGGACUACCAUCGGUGGACUCUGGUGACGUGGAAGCUAAGCCUGGUAAGCACUGAAUUUCUAUGCUUGCUUCCCGCUCAUCAACCCGUU